CUCAUCCAUAAUUCUGCUGUCCCUGAUCCCAGGGAUGGUGUCCAUGGCAAACUCUGGCCCAAACACCAACGGCUCCCAGUUCUUCAUCACCUGUGACAAGACAGACUGGCUGGACGGGAAGCACGUGGUGUUCGGGGAGGUGACGGAGGGCAUGGAUGUGGUGCGGGAGAUCGAGGCUCAGGGCACCAAAGAUGGGAAGCCGAAGCAGAAGGUGAUCAUCUCGGACUGCGGGGAGUGCCCGUGAGCUCGGUGCUUGGAGGGGCUGGAUGGAGGGACAGGGACACCCCAGGGACGCCCCAGCACUGCCCAUCCUGCAGCUUUCCUCCAAAUAUUCCUGUGGGCAGGAUUUAUCCUUCCUGGGAAGGAUAUCUGCUGCCUGAGCAGGGCUGGGCUGGUCCUGCUGCCGUGUUCUGGGAAAAAAAAAUAAAUUAUGUUU